AUGAGUGGAAGCGGCGGUUUCUAUAAGUACCGAUGCAAAUACUUUUAUACUCAUAACUGCCCUAAUUGGGUAUAUGUUAACAAUUCCCCCUGCGCAAACUGUUGCGCGGAGGGACGAGAUGUCGACGGAGAAGUCCCCGAGAUGCCUUUGCCGAGGCACUCACACGAUAUUUGCGUUCCCCGGGUCGAGGAUGGCGUCGUACACUACACGUUGAUGGAGCUUGUUAAUACAAACGAGUCUGGAAGUCAAUGGAUUUUGAGAUACAAAGUCAACCAGACUCAAGUUCCUACAGUGAUGACGACCAAUGCCACUCCCGGUGCCCCGAUCCCGGCAACGAGCUAUUGA